ACUAUUUACCUUUGGCGUCCUCGAUGUUCGAACGUCAUUCUCAGCGUUUCCCUGAACCUCAUUAAAACAAACACAAAGUCAAUAAUCACAACCACAUAAAUUAACAAAAAACUCAAAAAACUUUAACAGAAAUAAAAAAAAAUACACAUAAAGGCAGAUAAAUCAAGAAACUUGUAAAAUAGGGCAAACAGAGACACCUAGCCACCCGCCGCCCUAACAGAAUCGGACACUGACAAAGAGAUCAGCUGUUGUUCCUGUGAGUGAAAAUCGAGCCAUUCAUCAAAAUCCCCUGAAAUUCACCCGAGGAAGGAUUUUUUAUGUAACUCCGAGGAUCUUCCGCUGUGGAGGACAACGAGAGGGUGUUGGUUAAGGUGACUUGAAGCGCAUUUGAACAAACAGCAUGAUGCUUCGGCUGCGGCUGAAGACCAAAGGGGGCGGUCAGUUCCCUCUGACGGAGAGGGUGAGUGGAGACAGCACCAUUGAGGAGUUACGGUCCGCGAUCUUUGAAGUCACGGCAAUCUGUCCCGAAAGGCAGAAGAUCCUCUCAGGAUAUCCCCCAAAGCCUGUGCUGGGACACCGCGACAUGUCCCUGAGCAGUGUCGGCAUCAGAAACGGCGAGGUUUUGAUUGUCGAGGACGUCGAACCGUCGAUAAAUGCGACAAGCAUACCCUCUGGGGCCCCAGCCAGCGACCCCCGACCUGCCCUCAAGGAAGCGCCGAGUGCCCCCCGCCCCACCGCUCCCCCCACAACAAAAGUGCCUACCAGCCAAAGCCUGACGCAAAAGGGCAUCCUCUUGAAGAAGGUUGUCCCGUCAGAUAAUUCCUGCCUCUUCGCCAGCAUUUACUAUCUUGUCAAUGGUGGAGGGAAAAUCGACACGAAGGAGCUCCACGCCAUGAGGCAGGUGGUCGCUUCCGUGAUCCAGAGUCAGCCAGACGUGUACAGUGAGGCCCUGCUGGAGAAGUCCAAUAGCGACUACUGCAAGUGGAUUCUCAAGGAGACCUCCUGGGGGGGCGCCAUAGAGCUCUCUGUCUUCAGCAAUUACUACGAGAUUGAGAUCGUCGCCCUGGAUGCCAAGACGGGCGUGCUCAAUAGGUUUGGAGAGGAUAAGCGUUUUGAUCACAGGAUGAUAGUCAUGUACGAUGGUAUCCACUACGACCCGGUCUAUAUGGAGACAUUUGAGGGAGGGACCCUCACCAUAUUCCCUGCAACAGACGACUCGGUCCUGGCUCAGGCAAAGGACAUAGCAAUGGAGGCAAAGCACAGUGGGCAGUUUACCGACACAAAUGCCUUUCGGCUGGAGUGCAAACAGUGUGGGACUUUAAUCACAGGCGAAGACCAAGCACUUGCACACGCAAAGAAAACAGGUCACAGCAAAUUCGAUGAAGUGCGCAACAAUUGAUGAUAAGAAUGUCUUAGGGUUAUGUGUUUAUUUAUUUUGCAUUAAUUUAUAAUUUUUUAUGUUUUUUUUUUUUUUUCUUCUUCUUUAUCUGUUUAGUUUUUUUUUCUUCUUUCAAAUUUUAUGUACUGUAUCCUUUCUUCUUUGAAAAGGUCUUCAUCAUCACUUUUUUUCUUCUCCUUCUUUUCUGCAUUAAAGCUGGAGAACCAUACAUGAUAAGACUUUGCAUGUAAAACCAAUUCACGUAUUUAAGAACAAUAUAUUAUAUAUAGAUAUAUAUGUGAUCUGUAUAGCUCACGCAAUGCACAAUCCACCUCCAGUUAUGAUGCAUGGUUCAGAAAGAAAUGGGUAUAGUGAUUUUUUUUUUUCAUUUUGCAGUUCUCAGAAUGCUCAUCAUGUUAAUCGUUUGUAAAUUAUGUAAGUACAUAUUCGUAUUCAAGACCAAUUAUAAAAUGUUUUCUAUGGUAAUAUGUAUCUCGCAAGAUCUCAGAAUUUUUUUUGGGGGGGCAAAAGAUUGAAUCAAAGGAGGGUAUUCGAGGUCUUCAUGCAGUCUUCUCAUAUACAGUAAUUUCUGUGAUGUGGGCAAUAUUAAAAAUGUAUUUUUAUUAUUUCAAGAGAGGCAUAAAUAAAAGGAACACAUAAAUGUAUUGGUCCAGUAAUAGUAUUUGGACAUUGUUAGAAAGGUUACGUGCUCGUUCUUAACAGCUGCAUCAAUAACUGAACUGUACAUGAUCUGGAGUUUGCAACUGUCUAGGAAAGCUCUCUAUUAGACACAGGAAUCCAGUAGUUAGUGCCUACCUCUGCUUUCUUGUAUUUAUUUUUCUCUCUUCUUCUCUUACUCUCCAGAAAACUAAAAAACAAGCUGUUCGUUACAAAACAAAUAUCUCGUUCCUCCAUGGGGAUGAUACUUGCAUAUACCAAGCUUUGUGUUUGUCGUGCAUGCAUAUUUUACCAUUUGUUUCACUUAUGCUCAGGGUAUUAUUUGUCAAGUACAGUAUAUCAUAAGAUCUUUGUGGUCUCCUGUUGUAAUGGGCUUCCGUAUUCAUUUAAAAAUUUAAAAAAUAAAAUAAAUAAAAAGAGCUAAUUGUAAUCACAAGACAUAUCAGCUUUUUUUUGGAAUUGCAGCAAGGAUAUGUCUUCCCUUGUAGAUCUCAAAAGGAGAAUGUAAUGCGACAUUUUGCUGUUGCCUUUUUCAUGUGAGUGUGCGAGGUUUGGC